GGGAGUCCGGACCGUUUAACUCAGCAGCUCGGUGCACAGAGCCAACAGGUCCGAAAGCGGAUGACAUAAAGGAUUCGUGGGGAGGUUUUUCGGGGUGUUUGUGGACCGUUUGGGCGCUGUGGAGAGUAAACUGUGGAUAGUUUAGCUCAGUGAGGACUGUUGGUAUUUCCUCUCAUUUACAUCCUGACUGACUGACUGACAGCACCGGCUCGCGCUCUGCUAACCCGACACCACAACAGAAAGCGUCAAAUUGAUCAGAUUUGGGUGUUGAAUUCUCUCCCUCUCCCCCUCUCCCCCCGGUGUUAAUGUUUAUGUUCGUGUUUGGUGUAAUCAGGAGGAAUAAACCGGCUCUCCUGGGUUAGAGAGGAGCAGCUGUGCGGUUAGUCGGUGUGUUAGCUGUAGCUCGCUCGCUAUAUUCAACAGAAGAGGAUUAAACAUGUCCGCCAAGGAGCCAAUCAAAGUGUCCACCACCGAGCGGCCCGUUAAAGCGGUCCCGUACCCCCCGACCACGCGCCUCACCUUGAAGGAGCUGUACGAGGACGGCCGGCCCAAGGUGGAGCUGCUGAAGUCUCACCUGCUGAAGGAGGGGCGGCUGGAGGAGGACGCGGCGCUGAGCAUCAUCAACGACGGCGCCAACAUCCUGCGCAAUGAGAAGUGCAUGCUGGAGGUGGAGGCGCCCAUCACAGUGUGUGGAGACGUUCACGGACAGUUCUUCGACCUGAUGAAGCUCUUCGAGGUCGGAGGUUCUCCCAACAGCACCCGCUAUCUGUUCCUGGGUGAUUACGUGGAUCGAGGUUACUUCAGCAUCGAGUGUGUGUUGUACCUGUGGGCUCUGAAGAUCAACCACCACAAGACUCUGUUUCUGCUCAGAGGGAACCACGAGUGUCGACACCUCACAGAAUACUUCACCUUCAAACAGGAGUGCAAGAUUAAGUAUUCAGAGCGUGUGUAUGAUGCUUGUAUGGAGGCGUUUGACUGUUUGCCUCUGGCGGCGCUGUUGAAUCAGCAGUUCCUGUGUGUGCACGGCGGCCUGUCGCCUGAAAUCAGCUGCCUCGAUGAUAUUCGCAAGUUAGAUCGAUUUAAGGAGCCUCCAGCGUUCGGACCCAUGUGUGACCUGCUGUGGUCGGAUCCUGGUGAGGAUUACGGCAGUGAGAAAACACAGGAGCAUUUCUGUCACAACAGUGUGAGGGGCUGCUCGUACUUCUACAGUUAUCCUGCUGUGUGUGAUUUCCUGAUGAACAACAACUUGCUGUCCGUAAUCCGAGCACAUGAAGCCCAGGAUGCAGGGUACCGAAUGUACAGAAAAAGCCAGACGACGGGGUUCCCCUCCCUAAUCACCAUCUUCUCAGCACCCAACUACUUAGAUGUUUAUAAUAACAAAGCUGCUGUGUUGAAGUACGAGAAUAACGUGAUGAACAUCCGGCAGUUUAACUGCUCCCCUCAUCCGUACUGGCUGCCCAACUUCAUGGACGUCUUCACGUGGUCUCUGCCCUUCGUAGGAGAGAAAGUGACGGAGAUGUUGGUGAACGUCUUGAACAUCUGCUCCGACGACGAGCUCAUGUCAGAAGAAGACGACACCAGUGAAGGUGGCGCUCCAGCUGUGCGGAAGGAGGUCAUCAGGAAUAAGAUCCGCGCCAUCGGGAAAAUGGCUCGAGUUUUCGCUGUGCUGAGAGAGGAGAAUGAGAGUGUGUUACAGCUGAAGGGUUUGACCCCGACCGGGACGCUGCCCGUCGGUGUGCUUUCUGGAGGCAGACAGACCCUGCAGAGCGCCACCGUAGAAGCAGCCGAGGCCCGAGCCAUCCAAGGCUUCAACCCUCAGCACAAGAUCCAGAGCUUCGAGGAGGCGCGGGGUUUGGACCGGAUAAACGAGCGCAUGCCGCCGCGGAAGGACUCCACCGCCAACUCCAUCAACUCCGACAAGAACGGCACCAACGCGCAGGCGUAGAUCCUCCGUCCAUCCGCCAGUCCGUCCAUCCAUCCGUCUCUCCACCUGCGUCUGUCUCUCUCUCUCUCUCUCUCUCUCUCUCUCGCUUCUGGGUUCAUGUUUAAAUCUGGAGAGAAGCACAUCCACACACCGGCGCAUUCACACUCCGACAGAAUACAAACAACAACUUCGAUAAUUAUAAUAAUAAUAAUAAUAAUAAUAAAUAAAAAUCAUCACAUGAUCACGUUUCCUUCACUCCGUCCUCCUCCUCAUUAAAUCUCUCCCAGAGAAACGUAGUCGCGCCAUAAAAGGGAAUCAAACCAUCACGUUUAUUUAUUCGUCCCGGAAUCGAUCGUGUGUUCUGGGAAGUAUUGAGAUGAUUUCAACACAGUAUAUACGAAACCUCAUCGAAUCAGAUCUGUCGUCACGCCAAUCCAUUUUCUACAUCCUAGUAAAAAAAAAAAAAAGAACCAUGAGAUGAUUUAUCACGUUUUUUAUUCAACUAGACGCGUAGUUUAGUCCCGCGUGACGUGCGCUUGGGAAACGAGUGUGGGUUCGACUACCACGAUUAUAUAAAUAUAAGAUCUUGGGUUUGGGGGGAGAAAACAAAACAGAAAAAUAUAAAAAUAAUCCAAAAAAAAAAGCUUGUUAGUGAAAUGCUUCCAUUAAAAAAAACAUGAAUAAAUAAUAAAGCGUCGCUCCUUUCUGAAGCGCGUGAGUGUGGCACGUUUAUAUCUCGAUAUCGUUAGUGUUCCUGCUCCUGAAUGUUCGGAGUCACGUCGCGCUCUUUAAAUCUGACCGGAUGUUAGGAAUCCACGACGCGGCCGCGGUCAAGCAGGCUUCUAUAGAUCCAUCGUUUAUUUCUUAACGUGAAUAAUGUCAUUUUUUUUCUUUCUUCCACCCUUUACUGGGGUGGCACGGUGGCUCGCAGCGAGAUGCCCCUGUGGUGGAGUUUGCAUGUUCUCCCCGUGUCCGUGUGGUGAAUCGGAGACCCAAAAUUGUCCAUGACCGUGUUGGUGUGAGCUGGAACUACCUGUCCUGUCACGAAUGGAACCACAGUGUGUAGUGUCUAAUGCACCCAGUUCUACCAGGGAUGUAUUAGCUCAGUGGUACCUCAGCGGUUAGGGUCGAUGCAGCCGAGUCGCCACAGUCGGGCCCCUGAGCGAGGCCCUUAACCCUCAGUAGCUUGCACUGUACCCGAGUACAAGUGUAAGGCACCUUGGAUAAAGCCGUCUGUGGCCGGGUGUCGGAUAUCGUCUGCAGUCGGUACAGAUGCGAGCGGGAUUUGACGAUACGAUCCUAAUACGGGCGGCACGGCGGCUCGGUGGGUAGCACGGUCGCCUCACAGCAAGAAGGUCCUGGGUUAGAACCCCAGGCGGGGCGGUCCGGGUCCUUUCUGUGUGGAGUUUGCAUGUUCUCCCCGUGUCCGUGUGGGUUUCAUCCCACAGUACAAAGACGUGCAAGUGAGGUGAAUUGAAGAUACUAAAUUGUCCAUGACUGAACUGGUUAACAAGUAGUUACCAAGUAGUUAACCAGUAACUACCUGUCCUGUCAUGAGUAAAACAUGACGUUAUAAUCCUAAUAAAUAGUAAAUUUGACCCUUUACCCUGCGGAUCAGUACACACGUGCCCAUAAUCACUUCAUCUCUUAUUAUUCUGAUCAGGCAGCAAUGCCUACAAACACCUGAGAACAUGCCAAACUCUGCAGAUACGGGGGAUUAUACAGUCGCAGUUCUACACCGCUCAGCCCAAAAUUAUGCGGACGCUUCUUUCCAAAGCGACCUACAGUACCGUGACAGGACACAGUCUAAGCAACUGAGGGUUAAGGGCCUUUCUCAGGGGCCCAACAGUGGCAACCUGGCUGUAGUGAGGCUUACUAGUCCAGUACCGUAACCAUUUACAUUUUUGGCAUUUAGCGGAUGCUUUUAUCCAAAGCGACUUACAGUACUGUGACAGUGUACAGUCUGAGCAAUUGAGGGUUAAGGGCCUUGCGUAGGGGCCCAGCAGUGGCAACUUGGCAGUGGUGGGGCUUGAACCAGCGACCUUCUGCUUAAUAGUCCAGUAUCUUGAGCACUAGGCUACAACUGUAACAUCAAGAACCUGGAACAUGGAACAUCAAAUGUGUGUGUUCUAUAGGUUCUAUAUGGUGGAGCGUGGAGUUAGCCUGGUCUGGACGAGCCACAGAGCAGUGCAUUGUGGGACAUGUGUGUUCUAUAGGAUCUAUAUGGUGUGCAUUUAAAAAGAAACCCUAUUUUCCUUUAAUUUGGUCCUAAUUCACGUUCAGCAACCAGCUGAAGACGCUCAGUGAGGAGCUCAGCAAUUAAGGCCAAUGCAACCAAGUCACCACAGUCGGGCCCCUGAGCGAGGCCCUUAACCCUCAGUAGCUUGCACUGUACCCGAGUACAAAUGUAAGGCCUCUUGGAUAAAGCCGUCUGUGGCCGGGUGUCAGAUAUCGUCUGCAGUCGGUACAGACAUGAGUGGGAUUUGACCUCGUGCCCUCUCUUGCGCUGUUUAUGGGCCCGUGUUCACCGCCCAGCACAAACGUCCCGCUGAUUAUUCUGGUCCCGAAUGGUUCCGAUGCCGUACAUUCACCGAAUUUCCCAUAAUGCCGUGUUCUGUCUGCUGUUAUCGCUCCGUCUCUUCGAUUUCUUGGUUCAAUUUCUCGUCUCCUCACUGUUUAAUUUAUUCAUUAUUAUAAUUAUUAUUAAUCUGGAAGGAUCCCAAAGGCAGCACCUUUUUAUUUUGGAGGGAAUCGACCAUGUUGUAUUGUUUAAGUGUUGUUUAAUUGUGUGUGUGUGUGUGUGUGUGUGUGUGUGUGUGUGUGUGUGUGUGUGUGUGU